AUGGAGCGGGAGGUUGAGGGGAGAAUUCGGGCACCCUUGCGGGAGCUCGAGAGGCCCGAUUACAGCCCGGUGUCCUCGGUGGCGAGGAGUCACCAAAGCCGCGUAGCCGAUCGAUCUAGACGGAGCCAUAGUUCAGGCUCGAAGUCCUCGUCGCCACGGCGAUCGUGGACCGAGGAGUCCCGGCAGCUCGAGGACGCGUCCGCCCAGGAGAGGAGCGUCCUGCGCGAGCUCAACGAGGCUAUCGACCGCUUCGAGGAAGAGGGAUGCGAGGCCGAUAGUCGAAUCAACGAUUCGAAAAGCUCCGGCUGCCACGACUCCUCUUGGGACUCGGGGGUUGGUGGUGAGUUCACGGGCGGCGCUGCCGUCAAAUCCGUCGAGCUCGCGAAGGGCAGCGGAUGGCUGCGCGUACACACCGGCAUCGAGAGCAGCCUCGUUUAUCUGACAAUGGAGACGACCGCGGGUGACGUUUGUCGAGACAUGCUGCUCUCCGAUAAUCUCGCACUAUUCCUCAAGUAUGGGGACGAGGCUGGACGCAGACUGGGCCAGCGUGAGAAACCGUUGGAGCUUCAGGAGCAGCUGCUGCUGCAGCUUGGAUACCGUGAAGCCACCCGGAGAGCUCGCCUUGGCCUUGAUGCGGAGCUCCGGCACCUCGUCGCUUUUCACGUGGGACCUGCCGCCCCAUUGGAUGAGCUUCGAGGCUACAGUAGAUGCGGCUACGGCUUGAUAUUAAAAGGAUUAGUUUUCCCACAGUGGAAAAAGCGACCACUGGCAGUCCUUGGCUCACGGCUCUUUCUUUAUCCAGCUUGCGCCGAGGCUCUACCCGAGUGGCUGGAGCUCGCCGAUGGGGGUUCGGUCGGCUGCGCACCCUCGCGCCUAGGGAAGCUCGUUCUCAGGGUGACCGGCCAUCCCAGGAUCACGCAGCGCCAGAGGGCCGAGGAGCAGCGGGGCCGCGAGCUCCGACAUCUCUACCUUGGCUUCCAGCACUCCUGGGAUCGAGACUUGUGGCGUCGCUGGCUCAAGCAGGCAUGUCAGACGGCGCCAACGACCUCUGGUCAGCCCAUAAAAUUGGACAUGAGCGAGACGGGGGUGUCGAGGAUUCCGGAAACUGUGCGGUCAUUUGCCGGCGUGCGGGAAUUCUUUCUAGGUCACAAUCAAUUGUCUCCAGUCGACGGAAACUUCAAACUUCUGCUCAGGUAUAUAUUGAAAUUAGAAUCUCAAUGGUGGUUGGAUAGCUCGACAUUCGGUCUCGACAUCCUUUCGCUUUUCGUACCUUUUGCAGCUCUAUAA